AGUUUUCCUGACUGUGGAAAGAGAGAGGGAACUGAUCCCCACAGGAGGCAAUGAAUGGAACUCAACAAUGCAGGAAUGCAAGCCAGUGUGUAUGUAUGUGUGUGAACCAGACAGUGUGUGUUUUUGUUGGUGUGUAUAUGUCUGUGUUUGAGUGAACAACGGGAGCGAGAUUUGGAAGCCGAUUUCCAGUUCCUAUAGCAACCAUGAUGUAAGCGGAGAGGGGCAACUGCGCCCCAUUUCUCUCUAUCUCUCCCCCCUCACUCUCCCUCUCUCUCCCUCUCCCCCUCGAAAAACAGACAGCCCAGCACACAGGAAACCUGGGUGUGGAAGAUAGGGAAGUCAUCCUCAUUUUCCUGGAAUAUAAGCAAUUUUUUCUUGUAUUUAUUUUCUUUCUUUUUUUCAAUGUUUUUAAGAUUUGCAAGCCAUUCAGUAACAUGUAUGUUUCAAACUUGGGAAAGAAAGGUCUGCUUGUCAUGUCUGCCAAGAAAAUCAUUUAGUGCCAGAAGCUGUGGGAAUUGGUUUAUGGCUGUUCUCAGAUGCAGUCCCUGUAGAGAGUGCCUUUGUGAACUUUAUUGCUUUUGGAUUUUUUGAGAAGGAUAAAACUGGUAAGUCCCAGUUACCUCUAAUGAGGUCUGCCCUUUCACUGUGCUCAGAGACCCCAGAAGCAGCGGCAUGGAGAACCGGCGCUGCCAGGACCCUAAACAGCCAAAUGCCCAGGCCCAAGAGGCCUCAUCUGGGCCCCAGUCCUCCAUGCCCCAGUCUCCUUUACUGUCUGGAGCCUCCUCUCUCAUCUCCCUUACCCAGACAGAGGAGUUCUUUGACCUGAUAGCCAGUUCCCAAAGCCGCAGACUGGACGACCAGAGAGCCAGUAUAGGGGACCGUCUGGGCAUCAGGAUAGCACAGAACAAUGUGGGACACUUGUGUGAGGCAUGUAGUCCACAGGAAUCUAGUGAGGAGUUUUUCAACAUGCUUAUAAAGUAUCAGUCCUCCAGAAUCAAUGACCAGAGAUGCUCUUUGCCACCAGCAUCAGACCCAGAUGAAGACUUCUUCAGCCUUAUUCAGAGGGUGCAAUCCAAACGCAUGGAUGAACAACGGGUUUCUUUUCCUUCUGAUGAAAAGGAUGAAACAGAAUUAAAUUAUAAGUCCAAAACCUCUGAGGGCUCAAGUUAGAGACUGUGGCACUUCUGAUACGACUUCUACAAAGUCUUCUGCAAACUCUGACUCUCUGGCUGCACAUUUUAAAGAUCUUCCAAGGCUGGGGUUAGGGGAGAGUUAUAUAGGUUUAUUUUAAUUAGUAGGAUUAUAUCAUGUUGAAUUGUUUCAUAUUUUUACCCUGAGUUGAAUCAAAACCCAACAGAUGUGAUUCUGAGGAAAUGGAAACACUCACAUGUUUGUAUGUUCCAACAAGUGUUCUUUCACAAAAGUCUUUUGUGCAGAUUUCAAGCAAAGCAACUCCAUGGAAAACGAUAAAACAUGAUGCUUUCCAAGGAUAAUAUUAC